CCGCGCCCCGUCGUCCACCCAUCGAGGCGACGGAGCUGCCAGUCGACGACGUGACAGCGAGGAAGCAGUAUGGCGAAACCUCACCUCAACAACGAUGUCUUCAUGUCAGAGCUGACUCUGAUGUUCCACAAUUCUCGCAAGGAAGGACAAGUCUCAGUUACGGUCAAAAGAUAUGAUGGCAGAACAAGGCCUUACCCAAAACCAAGAAAACUCAAGAACGGAAAGAUGUCCAAGGUGGAGCCUCUGCCAGAGCCGGACGAGUACAGCUGUUUAUUGCGUGCCAAAACGAGAGACAAGAAGAUAAGCACAGUGGUAUCAGCUGCAGAUGCUCUGAAGUUCCAGCUGCAAUUUGCUCAGUUCCUCCGCUCCAACAUGGACGGGUUGAAGAGAGAGAAGAAAGCAAGAAAGAAAACCAAAAAGGCCACUCAAUAAACACAGUGAGAAGAGAAGGGACAGUGUUGACAUGAAGACCAUCAUCAAAGCAUUUGCAACGGCCACCAAUUAAAAGCUUAAGAUCGGACUUUUUUUUGAGUGUUGCUGAAUUCGAGCGUGGGUUUGUCAUACGGCGCCCUUUGGCUGGGAGUAUUCGUAAGAGGGAAGACACAUCUAUUUUAACAGGGCUGUGAUAGUUACAGUAAGGAUGACUGUUUUAUGUGUACAUACAUGCAUACACAUAUACAUACAUAUUCAUAGUUCUGCACAUGUAUGUACAUGUUUUUGUGUAUGUGUAUAUAUAUUUGAAUGUGGUAUGUAUGUACAUGUACAUAAAUUGUAGAUCAUUAAAGUUGUGGUAUCAAAAUAAAAGCCACUUUGGUAUUGGUCUCUGUGAAAGUAAACCACAAUUCCUGCCUUGACAACCUUGUGUAUACAGGUUGUCAGUGAUUACCAUAUACAGCAUACAAAUGAGCAUGCAACUUUGUAGUCAGAUCAGGUGAUACAAAACAGACUAGUAUACCUUAUAAAUCUUGAGUUAUGAGCAAUCUUUAACAUGGCCAUUAACUGUGAAGGAAAUUUACACAACUCUUGCGGUUAAUUGAAUAAAUUGUAUACGGUUGUAACAAGGAAUACUGUGUAUAAUAUUUAGUACAUUUUAUAUAUAAUUUUUGUUAAUUACCUGGCCUAUAAUUAUAGAAAACCCUUUGAAUUUAUUUAUUGGGUAAUGCUAGGAUCUAUUUACAGUUAUCAAGUGAAAUUUGAACAGCUUACAAUAUUUGCUUGAAAAUUAUUCUAGUUUUCAAUUUUCUGGGUUGAAGCUUAAUAUAUUGAUGAUUGUUUUUUUCCUUCAGCAGUUCUGUGGCCAGACUUGAGAUUAAAAGGUCUCUGUAUCAGUAUUACUUAUGCCACGAUCUGAACUACCCCAAAUUCUGCAUAGAAUGCAGUUCUGCUGCUCAAUAGGAAUCUUGACUUACUGCUCUAAAAAUGGCCUGGUAUGUGUAUGAAGCACAUCUAGGUUGCAGUAGUAAUUUUCCUGUUGCUGUGGUAUAUCUCAGGUGCCUUAGCUUAAUGUGCUGAGGAAGGGUGCUCUCAAAAAAUGACUAGAAAACUACACCCCAGCUCUGGCAACAUUGAUAAGACUAUUGGUGAUAAUUUUUUUUUUCUCUGAACUUUUUUUUUAGGGUCUCCUUUCAUGUGUUAUAAUGGGUAUAAUAAAAUUAAGAUUGUC